GAAACAUAUCAGAUAUCUCUCUCCUUCUCUCUAUAAGUCACACCGGCGGAGGGAAGAGGAGAGGAAGCAUCUCUCCGUUCUCUCUUCAACGAUCGGAGGGAAUCUAUCGAUCUCUGGCGUCAACGGCGGUCUCCGUGUUGUAAAACAGCAACACAAAUCUUAUCUUUGCGCUGCUUUUAGAUUUCUUCUUGUUCUGUGACAAACCGUAAGUUAUCGAGGUUGGAGAGUAAAGAUACCUUUUUUUAUUGGAGGAGGAGUUUGCCUAGUUUCGUAGCUUUGCUGUCUAAAGCUGGUCUGUACCUGUCUCCAACUAUCUUGGGGUCUGCUAAACUGGGAGUUUUUAUCAUAUAACUCGAAUCGUGAACUGGGGCAUUCAUAAUUUUUCUUGGCGUCUCGGAUUUUCUGGGUUUCACUGUUAGAAAUUGUUCUUUUCGAGAUCUUUGUGUGCGGUUCUUCUCCCUUCUUGUAGAAGUCGAAUUUUGGGUGAUAAAAAAUGACAAUUGGAGAUAUUUCUCCUAUUGAAAACAGUGGGGACAAUAGGGGCAAAAGAAUCCUUGAUGAGAAGGCUCCUCUACUUCCAAGCAAGCAGGAGGAAACUGGCGGAUUUGAUGAGUUCAAUGGUGCUUCGUUUGCUGGUGCUGUCUUUAACCUCUCCACUACUAUUGUUGGAGCUGGAAUUAUGUCCCUUCCUGCCACCAUGAAGGUCCUCGGACUGGUUCCAGGAAUUCUCCUCAUCAUAUUUUUUGCUUUCUUCACUGAGAUAUCAAUCGACAUGUUGGUAAGGUUUAGCCGUGCUGGGAAAACAGUUUCGUAUGGAGGACUUAUGGGUGAUUCAUUUGGAAGGAUUGGCAAGCUUCUAAUUCAGUUAUGUAUCAUUGUGAAUAAUGUUGGGGUGCUGAUUGUUUACAUGAUUAUUAUUGGUGAUGUGCUUUCUGGAACAUCGUCUAGUGGUGACCACCAUUUUGGUGUUUUGGAAGGAUGGUUUGGACAGCACUGGUGGACUGGUCGGUUUUUCAUUCUUCUGGUUUCUAUGCUGGCAGUGUUUGCUCCAUUGGCUUGCUUCAAGCGUGUGGAUUCAUUGAGGUACACAUCUGCCUUAUCAGUUGCACUUGCAGUUGUUUUUGUUGUAAUCACAGCAGGUAUUGCUAUUGUUAAAUUGCUAGCUGGAAGCAUUGCAAUGCCCAAGUUGUUUCCGGACAUCCCAGAUUUGGCUUCUGUCUGGAACUUUUUUACAGUGGCCCCAGUAGUUGUGACUGCAUAUAUCUGCCAUUAUAAUGUUCACCCUAUUGAGAAUGAAUUGGAGGAUUCUUCCCUGAUAAAGCCGGUUGUAAAGACAUCACUGGCUCUUUGUUCCACAGUCUAUAUAGCCACAAGCUUCUUUGGUUUUCUCCUGUUUGGUGAAUCCACACUUGAUGAUGUGCUUGCCAAUUUUGACACCAAUCUCAAUAUCCCAUAUAGCUCUAUCCUCAGUGAUGCAGUCAGAGUUAGCUACGCUGUGCACCUCAUGCUUGUGUUCCCCAUGAUCUUCAUUGCUCUCCGGCUCAAUGUAGAUGGCCUACUAUUUCCAUCAGCCAAUCCUUUGUAUUCUGAUAAUCGGAGGUUUGCUUCAAUUACAUUGGUGCUUCUAUCAAUUAUUUUCUUGGCGGCUAACUUUAUUCCCAGUAUAUGGGAUGCAUUCCAAUUCACUGGUGCAACUGCUGCUGUUUGCAUUGGAUUCAUUUUUCCUGCUGCCAUUACCCUAAGGGACUCUCAUGGCAUUGCAACAAAAUGGGACAAGAUUGUAGCUGUCUUCAUGAUUAUACUUGCAGUUUUGUCCAACGUCAUUGCUAUAUACAGUGAUGCAUAUGCUCUCUUUAACAAGAGUAAAGCAUCAGACUUCCGGUGAUGCAACUUGAUAUAUGUAGGGAGGAAACUUUGUUAUGAUGAUUUAUCAAGUUGUGGUGGUGUAAAAUUGAACCUAUCAGUGAUAAAAUAACUCAACCUAUACGUUGAGUUGUGUGUUGUAUUGUAGUUUGUAGUAUAAGGACCUCAAGGAAUGCAUUUCCUUAGGUCUGACCAAGAUCAUAAAACUAGUUCUGAUGAUGAAUCAGGUUGUGGUGGUGCAAAAUUGUACCUAUCAGUGAUAAAAUAACUCAAUCUAUACGUUGAGUUGUGUGUUGUAUUAUUGAUUGUAGUAUAAGGACCUCAAGGAAUGUAUUUCCUUAGGUCUGACGAAGAUCAUAUGUCCAGUUAAUGUCUAAUAAAGUUUCAUAUUUGCUUGA